ACAUUCAUGUCUACUCUCUAUACAUUCACUCACUUAAAGCUGUACAUGAGUCAUGCCAAUCACCAGCUCUAAAACGUUCGGGACCUUCUUCAAUGACUGGCUUCGCCGUCAUAGGCAAUUUGUCCAACAACUUGCACACCUUCCUGAUGGAACCACCUGUGUCACUCCGGUAGAAGAAGAAACUCUUGUGGCCAACUUUCUCUCUCACUGUCUCCAAUACUACCAAGAGAAAUCAGCCGCCAUGUCCGUCGCCGGAGACGAUGUAUUCGAAUUCUUCUCCCCACCGUGGUUCAGCUCAUACGAGAAACUCAUCCUCUGGAUCGGAGGUUUCAAACCAGGUAUGGUUUUCAAACUCAUAACCACUUCUGUUAACGACCUUACGUGCCAGCAGAAAGACCAACUUGAUAACAUCCGGUCGGAGACUAAACGGAGGGAGAAAGAUUUGAUGGGUACGUUCGCGCUUCUACAACAAAGCGUGGGAGAUCCACCUCUGAUGGUUCCAUUUAAGCGAAUCGGGGCGUUGGGGUUUCGCGAUGGAGAGACCUCAGAGCAGUUGGAAAUAGAGGAGGCCAUGGAGGUUUUGAAGAGGGAGAUGAAGGAGACAAUGAAAAACGCUGAUCAGCUCCGGUGUGUGACGGUGGGGAAAGUGGUGGAAGUUCUGAAUCCGCCGCAGGCGAUCAAGCUGCUUAGAGCGGCCGGAGAGUUUUAUUUCCGGUUGAGAGAUUUAGGUGAGGAGGUAGAAACAGUGCUUUUAUAGGACCAAGGUUGAAGAUUGAGAUGUAAGAAGAGAAAGAGAUGUGUUCUUUCUUUAUUUGUUCUAAGUAAUUAUUUUUCCGAUGCUCUAGAACGGAUGGUUUAAAACCGUCGGAAACCCGUCGUUUAGACUUCUUUCCGACGGUUUUUUCCCAUGGGUUAUGAGGUGUUUUCUUGUAGUAGAACGGUAUACACUUAAUGAAAAAUCAUGUAGUAU